CAGCUGCUGCAUUCCCUCGAGUACUCAAAUCACUAAACCCGCGAAAUAAUCACUCACUAAACCCUCGCUCCCCGCUCUCCGAUGGCGGCGGCCCGGAAGCUCCCGCUCCUCCUCCUCGCCCUGCUCGCCGCGGCGGCGGUGCCCGCGCUCGCCGCGUCCGGCGGCGCCAUGGGCGGCCGCGUCUCCUCGUCCAGAUCCAAAUCCCCCUCCUCCUCCUCCUCAUACUCGAGACCGCACUGGGACUGGGAACCGCACCACUCGUACCACUACUCGACGUUCCACAUUCCGGUCGGCACGCCGCCGCCGCCGCCGCCUCGUGGCGGCUCAGGCGAGGGGAAGGCCUCCGCCGCCGCAGCCGGUGAGGGUUCGUGGUUUCGCUGGGAGGUGCUCGUCUUCGGCAUCGUCCUGCUGGGGAUCGCCGUGUGCUGCUGCUCCUACUACUUCGCCCCCCAGCCCAGGGCCAGGAUGUCCAUCGUUAAGCUCCAGGUUGCCUUGCUGGGGUACGCGAAACCGUUCCAGAGGGAACUGAACGACAUUGCUGAGAACGUGGAUUCUUCUGAGCGGCGCUGGUAUAAGCACAUAUUGACGGAGACCAUAUGCUCGUUGAGGCGUCACAGGGAUUGCUGCGUCUCUUCAAGCGUGUCGGUUGAUUUCAAGUAUGGAGGGGAGGCUUGGGAGGAGCAUUUUGAUAUCAUUUCUAUGGAGGAAAGGUGCAAAUUUGACGUCGAAGCACUGUACAAUAUGGAAGGAGUCGAGAGGAAGAAAGCCUACCACAGAAAGCAAAAUUGGUCCAGGAACGAAUAUGUAGUGGUAACCAUCCUAGUCGCUGCUGAUGGAGCUCUGGAGUUGCCAGAAAUCACAAGACCCGCAGAUCUGGAAGCAGCAGCGAGAAAGCUCCUCUCUAUACCUGAAGGAAAUAUUCGGGGCAUUCAUGUUUUAUGGACUCCUCAGGAAGAGAACGACGUGCUUACCGAAGAGAAGCUUCUCGCAGAUUAUCCUCAUCUGAAGCCCUGUCAUGACUAGGAUCAUGAUCUAUUCUUGGAUGCCACGGUGUAAGGAUCUAGUCAGAAGAAAAAAGGUGUAGAAAGGAUCCGACGGGCAUUUUUCAAGUGCUGUCUUUAAACGAGAUCAUUUAGGGCUAGGCUGCAAACUUAGUUCUUGCGGCUGGUGAAGCUUCUUAACUGUUCUGUAUGUGUUCUGGUUACUGUUCUGUAUGUGUUCUGGUUUGGAUGUGAAGCUCUUAUUAUGCCUAGUCAUUAAUGAAUUCUAACUGAUCAUGGUAUCCAAA